AUGAGCUCAGUUCCAAUCACCAGUGGAGAGAAACACGUCAGCGACGGCUUCGUCUCCACCCUCCUCGGUCCAUCGUGCACCUCCCUAAACGACCCGGGCUGCCAGCUCCUCUUCCUUUCCAAAGUCAUCGGCCUCGGCAUCCUCGUCCUCGGCUCCGUCCUCAAACUCCCAUCGGUCUUCCCCGUCCUGCGAACCCAAUCCACGCGCGGGCUGCCCAUCCUGGCCCUCCUCCUCGAAACGUUCGGGUUCACGGUCGGGAUCGCGUCCAAUAUCCGCCAGGCGAACCCGUUCACGACGUGGGGCGAGGCGCCGUGUUUGCUUGCUGCCAACCUUGUCAUGUUGCUGGUGCACUGGAAGAACCAGAUGUUUAGGGUUAUUGUGGGCGGGGCGCUCUACGCGUGGCUGUUCCGCAAUCUGCUCUCGAGUGAUAGAACCUCUGAGGCGACGAUGCAGACGCUGUUGAGUGCGACGGUGCCGGCGUUCAUGGGCGGGACGGUGCUGCAGAUUCUUGCCAAUUUUCGGGAGAAGCACAUUGGGGCCAUCUCUCCUGCUACGCUCACGAUGGGGUUGAUGUGUGGGCUGGGGCGGAUGUUGACGACAUUUGUGGAGGUGGAGGACCCUGUGAUGAGACUGAGUAGCGCGCUGGGGACCUUCUUGGGGUUCGUGAUGUGGGCGCAGAUGAUUGCUUACAGGGAAGGAACUCGCAAGUUCUUGUCGCAGGGUGCAAAGGCCCAUUAG